GCUUGAAGUGAGUAACAUUCUCUCAUUUGUGUAUGUAUGUGCUCUGAUGCCAACAACCAAGUGUGAACGAGAUAGCCUCAUCUCUAGAGUUAAUCAGGAAUCAAACCUUGUAUGCUUUCUUGAAUCACCUAUUGUAUAUAAAAGCAAAGACCUAGAUCUUGUGAUCGAUUACUACUCUAUUGAUGAAUUGCCUCAGACAUUACGCGAUUGGACCUUUAAUCUUGUCAAACAGAACUUAUACUACAUGUAUGCCAAUUCCAACGACGGCUGGAGCGAUGAAGGGAAAAAGAAAGAGAUGUUCGCACCAGAGGCCAGAUAUCUCGUAGCUCGGUCAGCCACGGAUGAAGACGAUUUGAAGGGCUUUUUAUUAUUCCAAAUGGUUCAAGAGGAAACAAUGGAUGAUGAUGUUAUGGCCAAUUGCGCUUACUGUUAUGAAAUACAGUUGAUAGAAGAUGCUAGGAACCAAGGCUUAGGUGAAUUUUUUAUGAGUUUAUUGGAUCAAAUAGGAAGCUAUUGGAAGAUGGAUAAGGUCAUGUUGACAGUAUUUAAAGCUAAUAAGGGCGCUUUUAAAUUUUAUACAGAGAAACUAGGGUUUGAACUGGAUGAAAUUUCACCUGGGGCAUGCUUACCAAGAUACAAGGCAAAGCAUUUUGAUUAUGAACUGUUAAGCAAACCUUGUCAGGCAGAUAGAAAGAAAAAAGAACAAGAAUAACUUGAUCUGUAAAUAGCAUUUUAAAGAAUAUUAAAUGAAUAAACAUUACACCAUGAC